AUAAAAGCCUAAGAGCAACUAAGCUCCUCAUACAAACCAGGAGUAUGAGAAGGUGACAAGCUGAGAGCUCAGCAUGACAAGAUCUUCUUUCAUCGAGAGACCCAACGAGACCCAGUGAGAGACAAACAGGAAAGAAGACUUGACAGCCAUAAGGUAAUUAGUCCACAGCUCCUUGUUUUAUGUCUAAAUGCUGUUUAUUCCUCCCUCUCACCCAUUUCUGGUGUAAAUUUCUUCAGUUCAGAGUCUAUGGGUACUUCGAGACAUCCCCCCAAACAGCACUUUUUGACCCAGAACUGGCCAAAGGAGGCUGCAGGUGCAUUCACUGGGGCUUUUGGGGCUCUGUGGGCAAAAUCAAACUGUGGCAUUGGCAGUACCAAAAUGACCUCCUUGGGGCACAAGCCUAGGCAGUGUGUAUGGAGGUCCUGGGCUGCCCGGACAAAAAUGAUGUGGUCCAAAGGAAAGCAGAGCAAUACGUUUGGCACUAGCUUGGCUGCAGAAGUUGCCGGAAGUAGGCCAACAAGGCGCCAUCCAACCAUCUUAGGGACUCCGCUCCAGAAUUGUGUAGGGUUUACUCCCUAGCCUUCUCCUAGAGGGACUUUUCUUCUCCUAGAGGGACUCCCUUUCCCGGUUGACAAGCCCCAUUAGCCCCUCACUUCCCUGUACAGCACAUGCAGAAAUCGCCUUCUUGACCAACCCUCACUCUUGGUCUCACCCACUCAAUCCUCUGGAGCCUGUCUUCGCGUGCAAGAGCAGUCCCUAACUCACUGAGGGUUUGAGACCCAUCGGUUACCCUCACCUGGUUUAGCCGGCCAGUCAAAGCCUUUACUCGGGGUGUGGCUGCUGUCCCAUGCAGACAGCUUCUAGCAGUUUCUUUAGGCUGGGUGUUAAAACAAGAGGAGACAAAUAUGUUGUUGGGAAUGGGGCUAAGAACACAAGACAAGCCCUACAGAAUCAGGCAGAGGGUCCCUAAUGGAAUCAUCUUGGAAGCCAGCUCAGUUGUGCUAGAACCAUUAGAACCACCAGUUUCUUGUGAGCAAUGUGACUGCAGAAUUCUGCACCAGCCUGAAGUCUUCAGAGGCAGCCCCGUGUGGGAUAUACAGUGAUCUACCUCCUGUGAGAAGAACCUGAUGUUGGGAAAGAUGGAGGGCACAAGGAGAAGGGGACGACAGAGGACGAGAUGGUUGGAUAGUGUUCUCGAAGCUACUAGCUUGAGUUUGACCAAACUGCGGGGGGCAGUGGAAGACAGAAGUGCCUGGCGUGCUCUGGUCCAUGGAGUCACGAACAGUCGGACACGACUAAACGACUAAACAACAACAACAACACCUCCUGUGAAGAUGGAGGCAUUCCUUAGCCAUCAUGGCAGAAAGCAACUGGCAGUUCCAUCUCUCCUGAUCGCUCUUCUUUUUGCAUGCAAGGGAAGUCCCUAACUCUCUGAGGGUUUAACACCCAUCGACUACCCUCACCCACUUUAGCCGGCUAGUUGAAGCUGUUCCUGGGGUGUGGCUGCUAUCUCAUGCUGACAGCUUCUAGUAGCCACAGGUGAGAGAUGAGUGCAGGGUGGGGACCAAAGGUGGACAAACUACCCCAGAAGGAGCACGGUAGGUACCCACAAGAGUUACUACCCAUCUCCUUGAUUAAAACCCUCUGGAGAAUGUUCCUCCAAUUGUUCUCUUUAGUUAUGGCCACCAAAUGAAGCAGGGGCAAUACAACACUAAAUAGGAGAGGGCCAUUGCGUCCAAGUCCCCAUUGGUGGGCUUUCUGGAGGAAUCUAGCUGGCCACAGCAGGAAGUUGGAUGCUGAACCAGAUGGGUCUUUGGUCUGAUCCAACAGGAACAUCCUAUGACCUUAUUCCCAUGGAGUCCAGGCUCUGUCAAAGGCACAUCAAAUCACGACAGGGAAGACACAGCCUCACUUACAGUACCAUUAUCUUUCUUUCUUUUUCCGAAGGGGGGGGGGGAAGCCACAACAUAAAUACGAAAUGUCUUAUCAGGAAAAAUAAUGUAUGUGACAACAAAACUCCCGUUAAACAUUAUAGCACAUAAUUUCAGAGCCCGAUUCCGUUCUGAGCCUCCGUUAAAGCCUUGGGAUUUAAAGGCCUUCCUUCCCCAUAAAUUCAUCCCAAGGCAUUUUCGUUUUGUCACUUGGGCGUUAAUAUAGUGGCUUCCUUGUGGCAUUUAUGCACUGACCCCGGCUGCCCCUUAUUCCAGAUUAUAAAUGAGGUGUGGAAUUACCGAAUGCAUAGCCCGAUAGCACACCUUUAAUAAAUAUGUUAAUCAACUGGCUGUGGCAUGUCCCCAGGUGCCGGAGAGUUUGUGCCUUGCGUUAUGAAUGGGGCACUUUAAAUUCUAUUCUCUUUGCACUGACAACCUUAAGUUAAAACAAAUUUAUUGGGGUGGGGUGAGGAACAGGGGGGAAUCCAUUAGCCACGGGUUGUAUAUGUGAAGAAGCAAGACAACGAGAGAGAGAGAGAAGUCCCCAGAAAAAAAGGGUGUGCAAGUCCUUUUCACGCCUAAGUAAAAUCAGAAAUGAUGCCUGAGACCUGGAAAGAAAUCCUCCCCACACUAGCAUAUGUGUGGCUUUCUUUAGAUCAACUUGGGAAAAACUUAGUACAGGGGUAGGCAACCUAAGGCCCAGGGGCCAGAUGCGGCCCAAUCGCCUUCUCAAUCCGGCCCGUUUCAGGUCCGGGAAUCAGCGUGCUUUGACAUGAGUAGAAUGUGUCCUUUUAUUUAAAAUGCAUCUCUGGGUUAUUUGUGGGGCAUAGGAAUUCGUUCAUUUUUUAUUUAUUUUUUCAAAAUAUAGUCCAGCCAAAAUAGAAACAUUGCCACCCAACCCCAACCCCGCUCAUCUUUCCCCCCUCCACCUCUUUCCCCCUUUUCUUACUAAUGUCUCAACAAAUGAAACCGAUUUGUGUAAAAAAAAAUGUUACAUGGGGGGAAAAAUAUGAGGGAGACAUUGCACAUACCUUUGUAAAUGAAGAAAAUCUUUAAUAAAAAUACUUUAUAUAGAGAGAGAGAAUGUGUGUCUGGCCCACCAAAUUGACUGAGGGACUGUAUUGAUAUGGGGCUAUCUGAUUAGCCCAUUUUAGUGUUGGCUAAGUUUUAAAAUCUUCCUGGAUGUUUUUAACUGUGUAUUGACAAAAUGUACUUUUUUCUGACUGACGGUCGAAUAAAAAUGAUGAUGAUGAAUUGACUGAGGGACAGUGGACCGGCCCAUGGCUGAAAAAGGUUGCUGACCGCUGACUUAGUACAAUGAACUUAUAAGACGCUUGGGCCCAAAUGCCAGCAAAUACAUAGUCAUUCACUUACCUGCUGCUUGGUGGGACAUCUUAAGGAGAAGAAAAGGCUGAGGAGCAAACCCUACACAAAUCUGGAGUGGAGUCCUUAAGGCGGUUGGGUGGCAUCUUGUACACCUCCUUCUGGCAACUCCUUCAGCCAAGCUGGUGCCAAACGUCUUGCUCUGCUUUCCUUUGAACUGCAUCAGUGAGGCUGAGAGGAGGGUCUUGGUGUCUGGGCAGCCUAGGACCUCCACACACACCGCCCAAGCUUAUGGCCCAGGGAGGUCACUUUGGCGCUGCUUGUUGUUGUUGUUGUUUAGUCGUUUCGUCGUGUCCGACUCUUCGUGACCCCCUGGACCAGAGCACGCCAGGCACACCUGUCUUCCACUGCCUCCCGCAGCUUGGUCAAACUCAUGCUGGUAGCUUCGAGAACACUAUCCAACCAUCUCGUCCUCUGUCGUCCCCUUCUCCUUGUGUCCUCCAUCUUUCCCAACAUCAGGGUCUUUUCCAGGGAGUUGGCGCUGCUAGUGUAGCACAAACAAUGCAGGAGGUAGCAGUUACGAGUUACGGUUUCUGCAGCCACAGCAGGCGCUGUGAUUCUCCAGCGGUUUGGCUUCACCCCUGGUGGUGUACUCCAUUGUCUUUCAAGACAGACGGAUGCUGAAAACAACAGUCAGUCACUACAGAGGGAUGAUGUCAGGAGGAGUCCCAGGACCCUACAAACCCCCAAGUCUGUUGCUCCAAGCCCCAUGUCUCCUACCCCUUUCCCUCCCACUUUAACGACUUUGCUUACAGGGCAGUGCAGGGCUAUGCAAUGCAAUGGAGGAAGGUGGAGAUGCCCUCACAACACUGGCAGAGCCAGCAAGCCUGCCCCUGCAAUGAUAUUUAGCACACAUUCCCAUUUUAAUGGUUUAAGACUAUGGUGGAAUACCUGUGGCCCUUCACACAUCAUUGGACUCCAGCAACCAUCAGCAUCAGGUAGCACAGCAAAUGAUCAGGGAUGAUGGAAAUUGCCUUUAGGAAUGUACAUCACCCCAACCUAUCACAUUAACAACCUUCACCCUUCUUACAGCUCUCUGUUUUGCUUUGCAGCAUGCUUACUCCUAGGGAGGAGGAAUUCUAUGGAACGCUUCCCCCCAAAGAUCCAGGUACUCUACACUGCAAAGCUAUAUUCAGCAAAGGUUAAUCCCAUUCAUUUAAAAACAAAACAUUGGAAGGCCAACAAGGUUUCCUCUUGUUCCAAACUGUACAAGCUCACUGGCGAUGUUUCUGUCUCUUGCCUCCUGAAGGUUUUGCCACAGGUCUCAACAUCAACCUGAGACAUAGACAUGGCCAGGAUUUAUGUUAGGGGGCAGGGUUUAUGUUGGGGCAUGCAGAACCAAGCUUAGUUAUGUAUUUUUCUUUAUUUACUUGAUUGGGAGGGCAAUUGCCACCUGCCCCCCAGCUAUGCCCACGUCCUGAGACAUUCAGGGUCUUCUGGCGGUUCCCUCGCUGCGAGAAGCCAAGUUACAGAGAAGCAGGCAGAGGGCCUUCUCAGUAGUGGCACCUGCCCUGUGGAACGCCCUCCCACCAGAUGUCAAAGAGAAAAACAACUACCAGACUUUUAGAAGACAUCUGAAGGCAGCCCUGUUUAGGGAAACUUUUAAUGUUUAAUAGAUUAUUGUAUUUUAAUAUUCUGUUGGAAGCCACCCAGAGUGGCUGGGGAAACCCAGCCAGAUGGGCGGGGUAUAAAUAUUUAUUAUUUAUUAUUAUAGAGCCCACCCUCCCCCCAAAUACUUCAUGCCAGUCGGGUUGACUUCUAGAUUGAGUCUCUUUCCAAUCACAGACCAGAAAAUUCAGGUUGUAUAACCGCAGCUGAUUGGGUGGUCUUGUGCAACAAACUCGCUUCCUGAAAAGAUCGGACUUUUUGUGAUAAGGGAAGUGGUAGGGAAAUGGGCUGGAAGUGUGGGAUGAAAAAUCGUCUAAGCUCCCUGCAAGCAAAUCAGAAUGAAUGCUCAAUAAGCACAUUGUCUGGAAGCACCAAGAAUGCCAGUGUCAAUAAAUGCAACUUCUUUGUAACUAUAGCACAGUAACUGGGGCAGGUGCUUAUUUCCCUGAGCUCUGAAUUUACUAAGCCAGGUCUAGCUGCCCCACCUGUUUGCUCCUGAGCCUGGAUUGCCUGCCAUGGGGCCAGGUAAAAGGUAAGGUAAAGGGACCCCUGACCAUUAGGUCCAGUCGUGACCGACUCUGGGGUUGUGGCACUCAUCUCGCUUUACUGGCCAAGGGAGCCAGCAUACAGCUUCCAGGUCAUGUGGCCAGCAUGACUAAGCCGCUUCUGGCGAACCAGAGCAGCGCACGCAAACGCCGUUUACCUUCCCACCAGAGCGGUACCUUUUUAUCUACUUGCAUUUUGACGUGCUUUCGAACUGCUAGGUUGGCAGGAGCAGGGACCGAGCAACGGGAGCUCACCCAAUCACGGGGAUUCGAACCGCCGAUCUUCUGAUCGGCAAGUCCUAGGCUCUGUGGUUUAACUAGGUACCAUGUGGAAAUAAUAAUUUUUAGAGACGCACUUUGUAUGCUGAUCAACAACCCUGGGAGGAACUUCGUUUUAUAAAUCUAGUCACCACUCCUCACUAUUUGUUGUUUUCCUGAACAGCUUCCCUGCAAAGCUGACGAUGGUUCAUUUCCAUGAACAUAUGCAGCUGCCUUGUUCCAAGUCAGACCACUGGUCCAUUGGGCUACUCCAGCUUUCACUGACCUGCUGCUCUUCAGAUGUUGCCGAACUGCAACCUAUGCCAGUUCCAGCUAGCAUGGCUCUGAUGGCUAGGACUGACUGGCGUUGUAGUCCAACAAAAUCCGGUGGGCACCAGGUUGGCGAAUGCUGGCAUCAUCUUUCCAAGCAGGGGUCCUUCCCAUCAACUGCUAUGUGGUCCUUCUUAAAAUUAAACUGAAGAUAGGAAGGGUUGAAUUUGGGGUGAUUUGCAUGCAAAUAUGCUGAACAACAGGCUGGGACACGGGUGGCGCUGUGGGUUAAACCACAGAGCCUAGGGCUUGCCGAUCAGAAGGUUGGCGGUUUGAAUCCCCACGACGGGGUGAGCUCCCAUUGCUCAGUCCCUGCUCCUGCCAACCUAGCAGUUCGAAAGCACCUCAAAGUGCAAGUAGAUAAAUAGGUACUGCUCUGGCGGGAAGGUAAAUGGCAUUUCCAUGCGCUGUUCUGGUUCACCAGAAGUGGCUUAGUCAUGCUGGCCACAUGACCCGGAAGCUGUACACCGGCUCCUUCGGCCAAUAAAGCGAGAUGAGUGCCACAACCCCAGAGUCGGCCACAACUGGACCUAAUGGUCAGGGGUCCCUUUACCUUUUUAUGCUGAACAAUAGACCAAGGUCUAUUCACAAGCUUUCAUUUUUUUUAUUUCAAAUCCAUGUUGUCAAGAAAAGGAUUAAUGCUAAUAACCUAACACCACGGGGUGUACAUUUAAGGAAUAGUUGCUUUUAUUCUCUGUGCUUAGAUCUUUCCUCUUGGACCUAUGAGAUCAUCAUGUUAUGUCUCUCUGGAAGCAUCUUUUUGGCAGCUCUGAUGUUCGUUGCAGUGAAGACAAUCCGAACGAGGGUCUUGCAUUUUCAGAGGUAGUGCAUUUCUGGGGAAUCUGUCAGACUCCAGCUCUGCUGAAAUAUACUCGGAGUCGAGAGUGGAUUUUAUGCUCUUUAUUCAGCUCAUAGUGGUGAGGAGGAAUGGAAGUUCCCCCAGAAUGUCUGCUUUAUAUACAUUACUUACACAAUGGGCCCCAUGUGAUUGGCUAAUUCCGGGAUUCACCUGUAGGCCAAUCAGGUUGCGGAUUCACUUCCACCUGGAGCUGGAUUGGGUGGCUCCUGUGGACCAAUCAGACUGCUGCAUUCUGGUCCCUAUUGUUCUAGGACCAAUCAGACUGCUGCAUUCUGAAUCUUAUUGUUCUAGGACCAAUCAGACUGCUGCAUUCUGAAUCCUAUUGUUCUAGGACCAAUCAGACUGCUGCAUUCUGAAUCCUAUUCAACUCAGUACAUAACAUCUGCUUUCAUGCUUACAUUCCAAACAAACUUAGAAUAUACCUGAUACCAUGUUCCUUCACCAAGCUGGGGACUACAAAUCCCAUUAGCCCCAGUCAACAUAGCCAGCAGUCAAGGCUGAUGGGAGUUGUAGUCCAACAUUAUAGAGGGCACCAGGUUGUAGAAGGCUGCCCUAUGGUGUUGCACAAGAAGUAUUGUGGGUCUUCAACUCCCUGAAAGCAGGAGCAACACAAUACAAUGCAACCAGGACGGGGUUGGUGUAACUAUUGCUACAUAAGCAGGUCAUAUUUUAAUCCUUGGGCACCAUGUAACCAAUGGAGAGUCAGAGGCGCAGCAAUUCGUUGACUGGUCUUGCCAUGGUGUAAAUCUUUUGCCAUCUCAUGUCACCCUCCCCCUAUCGGCCUGAUCUGAAAAUUCAUUUAGCUUAAUUAAUUCAUUAUUAAUUAAAUUUGCAUACCACCCUUCAGCCGAAGAUCACAGGGUGGUUUGCAGCAUAAAAAUACAAAACGAAAACGCCGAAUACAUAAUAAAACAAAAGCAAAAGCGAUGCAAACCAAGAACCCUCUCCCAAAAGAGCAUCAAACACCUAAACUCCUGGAUGUUUUGAGCCAGGAGAUCAUGAGCUAAACUGUUAAAGAGAAAAUUCUCAUUCCUUCUUCCCCUGCACCCCACCCCCAAUAAAAAGCCAAGACAUUUCAGUAGCCUUAGAGGCAGCAAAAGGAUGUCCUAAACCAGGGGUCAGCAACCUUUUUCAGCUGUGGGCCAGUCCACCAUCCCUCAGACCAUGUGGGGGGCUGGACUAUAUUUUGGGGGGGAAAUGAACAAAUUCCUAUGCCCCACAAAUAACCCAGAGAUGCAUUUUAAAUAAAAGCACACAUUCUACUCAUGUAAAAACACCAGGCACGCCCCACAAAUAAUCCAGAGAUGCAUUUUAAAUAAAAAGACACAUUCUACUCAUGUAAAAACAUGCUAAUUCCUGGACCGUCCAUAGGCCAGAUUGAGAAGGCGAUUGGGCCGCAUCCGGCCCACGGGCCUUAGGUUGCCUACCCCUGUCCUAAACUCUCCCCUUCCAUCCACUUCCUUGGAUAGCAGAAAGAGAGUAAUACAUUUUGAAGCCAUUUCUUAGAGGUUUAGAACGAGAUCUUCCUGCCUAGCCCCAUUUUUAAAACUUUAUCAGGAAGCAGGAACCUCACUUUUGUGAUUAUUUAUUCUAAUGAUUAAGCUAAGGUUCGGACAUAAAAGCUGCUACAGCUCAGCUCAGGAUUUCAGGACUUUUCUCUCCCAAAGAUCUUCCUGAAAAGUUGCAAUUUGCAAAUCUUUCCUCCCCACUGCAUUUUAUUAUUAUUAUUAUUAUUAUUAUUAUUAUUAUUAUUAUUACUACUACUACUACUACUACUAGUCUAGGACAAUCUCAGCAGAACAUCACACUUGACCAGCCAAUUAAUUUUGCUAUGUUGUAUUUUUUUAUUCUUGUUUCAGAAGGGGUAAACCAAGCAGCCCCGCCAAAGAGCUUUCUGCAGCUGAAACAGUGGUAGUAAAUAUUAUUGUGAAGCGCAAUGAAGCGAAGGAUAUUUUUACAGCGCAGGUUACUGGACCAGCGUAUAUAAUAUACAUGUCUGAGACAGAAAUGCCACUUGAAGCUUGAAGAGGAAAACACUGUGGGAUAACCAGCUUCAAAUAACCAACAUGCUUAAGUCUAGUUAAUGCAUGAAGGGGUUAAAACCAUAGAGUAAGCUGUCCUGCUAAGCUUAGCUAUGUCACUUCCCCUCACCUUCGGAAGAAAUAGUUAAUCAAGCCUAUAGUUGUAUGCAGUCUACGUGAUUAACUCAGUGUGUGAAGAGGAUUGAGCUGGUUGCUUCAGCGCAGCCACAUGACUUUCACCAGCCAUUCUUGUGUUCCUAUACCAAUAAUUUAGGAACUUUCACCAAUUUGUAACUAAACUAAAUUUCACUGCCUGUGCAACUUUCCUGAAGCACAUCUGACCUUUGGAGAGUUUACUUACAAUUUUAACUUACCAAACGUAUGGUUUUUUCCUAUGCUGGGGGAAGAGGGAAAUUUUGGAAUUCACUUAGAAAGGCAUAUUUAAAAGUUUAGCCUAUAUUUGCGUGCAUUACUUUGCUGAAUAUGGUGUUUUUUUCAAAUAAUAUUUAUUAUUUUCAGUAAAUAAACU